AAAUGAACUGGAGGACAGUUGCUUUGCAACAUCGAAAAUUUUACCCAAAUUCAUAUCACGAUAUUUUCGAAACGGAAAGAGAUAUCGAGUUGAGAUAUUCAGGUUCUUGACCAACUCUUUGAGAACACGUACAGGGUUCGAUCGGUAUAUUUCUUCUUAUACACCAUAAUGUCAGGGAAGCCUAAAAGUCUCAUUUUUCUUAGCAAGAUACUGUGGUUAACUAUCUGAUAUGGUCUACUCACCAUUGAGCGUGCUGCUUUCGUCC